AUGGGCUGCGACGGCCGCUUGUCGGGGCUGCUCCGCCGCCACCUGCAGCCCACGCUCACCUACUGGAGCGUCUUCUUCAGCUUCGGCCUGUGCAUCGCCUUCCUGGGGCCCACGCUGCUGGACCUGCGCUGCCAGACGCACAGCUCGCUCGCCCAGAUCUCCUGGGUCUUCUUCUCGCAGCAGCUCUGCCUCCUGCUGGGCAGCGUCCUCGGCGGCGUCUUCAAGAGGACCCUGGCGCAGUCGCUGUGGGCCCUCUUCGCCUCCUCGCUGACCAUCUCCCUGGUGUUCGCCGUCAUCCCGCUCUGCCGCGAUGUGAAGGUGCUGGCCUCCGUCAUGGCGCUGGCCGGCCUGGCCAUGGGCUGCAUCGACACCGUGGCCAACAUGCAGCUGGUGAGGAUCUACCAGAAGGACUCGGCCAUCUUCCUCCAGGUCCUCCAUUUCUUUGUGGGCUUCGGGGCUCUGCUGAGCCCCCUUAUCGCCGACCCCUUCCUGUCGGAGAACAGCUGCUUGCUGGCCAACGGCACGGUCAACGUCACCGCUAGCAGCCACCUCUUCCACGCCUCCCGGGUCCUGGGCCAGCACCACCCGGGGGCCUGGCCUGGGGCCAACCAGACACUCCCCGGCCCAUCCCCGCCGGACGGAGCAAGGACCCGCGUGUCCUACGCCUUCUGGAUCAUGGCCCUGAUCAACCUCCCGGUGCCCCUGGCUGUGCUGUACCUGCUGUCCAAAGAGCGGCUGCUGACCUGCUGCCCGCAGAGGAGGCCGCUGCUCCUGUCCGCAGACGAGCUUGCCCUGGAGACCCAGCCUCCCGAGAAGGAAGCCACCGCCUCGCUGCCCCCGAAGGUUCAGGCGCACCCAGCGCACGAGGACCUGUUCAGCUGCUGCCAGAGGAGGAACUUCAAAGGGGCCCCCUACUCCUUCUUCGCCAUCCACGUCACAGCCGCCCUGGUCCUGUUCGUGACCGACGGGAUGACGGGCGCGUACUCCACCUUCGUGUACAGCUACGCCGUGGAGGAGCCACUGUCCGUGGGACACAAGACGGCGGGCUACCUCCCCAGCCUCUUCUGGGGCUUCAUCACGCUGGGCCAGCUCGUCUCCAUCCCCGUCUCCUCCCGCGUGAAACCGGCCACCAUGGUCUUCAUCAACCUGGUCGGUGCGGUGGUGACGCACCUGGUGCUCCUCGCCUUCUCCUACAACGUCGUCUUCCUGUUCGCGGGCACGGCCUGCCUGGGCCUGUUCCUCAGCAGCACCUUCCCCAGCAUGCUGGCCUACACGGAGGACAUCCUGCAGUACCGAGGCUGUGCGACCACAGUGCUGGUGACGGGGGCGGGACUGGGCGAGAUGUCCCUCCAGAUGCUGGUUGGCUGGGUGUUCCAGGCGCGGGGCAGCUACAGCUUCCUGGUCUGCGGCGUGAUCUUUGCCUGCUUGGCUUUCUCCUUCUACAUCUUGCUCCUGUUUUUCCACAGGAUGCACCCUGGACUCCCAUCAGUUCCUCCCCAGGACAGACUACAUGGGACGGAAAGCGCCGAGCACUACCAGAGAUAG